CAAGCAAAUAAAUGCAUCAUCUCCAUUGAGUCAAGUUAGCUAGCAGUAGCAGUUAGCGGCAUGUCAAAAUUAUUAUUUUGUGUAGGCCUAUUUGUGUUGCAGUUGCAGUUCCAUUUGCUGUUCAAAUAGUGGUGACAGUGGCGUGAAGUGUUCUAACCAAAACUUUAAAAAGUGUUUAUCUCAAUAGGAAUUUAAUCAUUUACCUCAAAUAAUGGUUUCUAUCCAGACGUUACUUGAUAAAUUCUGGGACCCAGACAUUUGGUUACCACCAAACAUUACAUGGGCGGAUCUACAAUCAAGCGAUCAAAUUGAAUACACACACCAUAAAGAUCUGUUAUACCCAAUACCAAUGGCGUUACUUGUUUUUGUCAUCAGAUAUUGCUUUGAAAAAUACUGCUUCAUACCAAUCGGUACAGCUUUGGGAAUAAAGGGUAGCAAGCCCAAAAGAGCGGUGCACAAUGAAAUAUUGGAGAGAGCGUUUAAGCAGAAUCUGAAGAUGAAACACAAAGACAUCUCAGGGUUGGCCAAACAGCUGGACUGGACGGAGAGGCAGGUGGAGAGAUGGCUGCGGCUGAGAAGAGCUCAGGAUAAACCCUCCACAAUAGUCAAGUUUACGGAGAACGGGUGGAGGUUCACAUAUUAUGCAUCUUCAUUUUCAUUCGGCCUGUACGUGUUGUGGGACAAACCUUGGCUGUGGGACACUGACUUGUGUUGGCACAACUAUCCUCACCAGGGUGUCAGUAGAGGAGUGUGGUGGUAUUACAUGACCUCAGCUGCAUUCUACUGGUCACUCAUGGGCUCUCAGUUCUUUGAUGUCAAGAGGAAGGACUUCUGGCAGAUGUUCGCUCAUCACGUCCUAACUUUGUUCUUGCUGGCUCUGUCUUGGGUCUGCAACUUUCACAGGAUCGGCAGUUUGACAAUUUUGCUUCAUGACUUUGCCGAUAUUUUUCUAGAGUUUGCAAAAAUGGCUAAAUAUGCGAAGUACCAAAAGUUGUGUGAUACAGUCUUUGCCAUAUUUACCAUCUCAUGGCUUGUGACAAGAACUGGUAUCUUUCCAUUUAUACUAAUAUAUAGCACUACUGUUAGAGGGCCUAUCAUAGUCAACACGCCGAUGUUUCCUGCCUACUACAUUUUCAACGGUCUGCUGUUUUUCCUCCUUGGACUUCAUCUAUUCUGGACCUAUUUAAUUUUGAAACUAGCAAAAUCUGCUCUUUCAGCAGGACAGAUGGAAGGUGAUAUCCGGAGUUCCUCCAGUGAUUUCUCUGAUACUUCAGCCAACUCAGCACUUGUUUCCGGUGACAUCAACUCUACACCUUCACCCAAGAAAUCACCACUUAAGUGAAUCAGCUGUUUAUGCCGGUGCUGACUGCCAAGCUGCCCUUUCACAGCUGCAUCACGCUACACUUGCGUUCUCGUCUUUUAUCUCUAACUCUAUUGUUAUUCAGAUUUGUUUUUGUAAUUUGUAUAACUCUAAUUAUAACUUAUGUAUAAAGUUGUGUAAAUUGUCCAA